AUGGCAAUGGACGCAGCCCAUCAUGCGUUGAUCGAUCCUCUGAUCGAACCAGACCCAAGCGACGAGACUGGCCUCAACAGCCACUUCCGCUCCACAUAUGCUCCCGCAGCACCCAUCACACCACCCGGAUCCGCUGGAGACGCCAAAGGCCACCCAACCGUCAGUGUCCACAACACCGGCAGUUCCGUCGAGACCAACCCAUUCCGCCGCUCCCGGGCUUCAUCCGAGGCAAAGGGCGCCUCGGCAUCAGUAUCGCAGGUUGGGCAAACUACACCGCAGAGUAGGAGGUAUGAUUACCCAUCCCCUCCUGCCUCUGCAAGCCCCAGACGUGCCCAUUUCUCCGACAACCACCGCGCGGAAAUCUUCGGACCCAUGAACGGAAGCCGGCCACGACGAUCCAGCGAAAAUGCCCCUGCAUCCAUGAAGAAGAGCGGAGUUACGCGCGACCGCUCAGGCUCAUUGAGAGAGCGCUAUCCUGGUGACAAGUCACACAGGCCUCUUGACCAAUUGCGUCAUGAUGAGAAAGUUGCUCACCGUGCUCCCCAUCUUAGGAAAAAGAACUUCCAAGGCGCCGACGUCAUCGAUCGUCUCGACAAGGCACCUUUCGGUCGGUACCACCACGAGGGCCCGUACGACGCUGCUAGUCUCGCUCGCAACCGCGUCGAGAAAUACAGUCCCCUCGCGGCGGUCAAGGACUCGAACGAGGAGGCUUUGAGGGCUACUCCACGGGAGAACAUUGUCGACUCUGUACAGAGGCAUCGUCCCUUGGAGGGAGUCGCCAUCGUACCACCUGGCAUGGCUGAUCGUUUCGGAAGAGUACUCAAUUAUGAAGAGGGUGCUGACCUGAUGCGAGAGCCUGGAGCUGACUACCGUCGCUGGCCUGGUGUUGAAUACCACCCAGACGAUCUCAAGGGCAAGGGCGAACCUUCCUACUCCAUCGAGAAGGCCCUGAAGGACCACAAGCGCUUCGGCGACAGCGGCACAGAGAUGACCACCCGCAGCUCUCGCACUCGCAGCGUUGGCCAUGCCGAAGCACCCGGCAUCGUCCCUUCCGUCGCUACCGACGCUGAAGCCUCUGGCAUCGGCCGCAGCAACACCACUGGCAGGAGCGUCGGCGGCGCAAUCAAGAGGCGUCUCGGUAGCAUCCGUCGCCGCAAGCAGGAAGCUGAGAUCUAG